AUUCGGAGUAAAUAUCCACUCCAUUGGAUGGUCUGGAACAAUGAACAUAAAGAAUUGGCCGUUCGAUUAAAGUCCGAAAGGAUGGAUAUCGAGGUUCGAGAUCCGCGGGGUCGCUCUCCGCUCAUGCUGGCUAUAACCCUAGGUCACACGGAGUGCGUCAAAGUCUUGCUGGAAUACGGUGCCAGUGCGAACAUCGAAAACAAGGAAGGUUACACGGCGACUCACGAAGCUGUGGCGAACGGAGAUCCAGAGCUGCUGUCAUUGAUUCUUCACGCGAGGGAUCUCCAAAAAUAUCAUUCGUCAGUGGCUGCCAUUCCCGAUUUAUUGCGGCAAAUCAGACACACCCAGGACUUCUACGUAGAGAUGAAAUGGGAAUUCACUUCGUGGGUUCCUCUCCUCUCCCGAGCCUGUCCGAGCGACACAUACCGGAUAUACAAAAAAGGGGCAAAUGUUAGAAUUGACACGACCCUUCUCGGAUUCGAGCAUUCGAGCUGGCAGCGCGGGAAGAGGAGUUACAUUUUCUGCGGCGAAGAGAAACAAGCAACUUUUUUUGAGGUCAACCACGACCUUCAGCAAGUCAGCGCUGAAGUUAUGCAGGUUUCGUCGGAGGCUGAUCCAACAAAGGUCGUCAUGUCCCUUCGACCCGAUCCUGAAAAUAUCGCCGCACGCCUGAGUUCGCCUGUUGUUUGCACAUAUGUUGAUACGGAAAAAAUUCACUUCGAGAGGAUGCGCUCGGGAAUGCUCUGGAAAACCGAUCGUACAGAGACUGUGAACGGUUAUACUGCCAAGGUGUAUACGGCGAGUAAUGUCGAGUUCGUCACGAAGAACCGAGUUGAGCAUUUAAGCGAGGCCGAUAGAAAGCGCCACAAAAAUAGUCAAUCGCCUCUGCAGUCUCUUCUGGGAACUCUCACGGAAGAGAAGAUCGUUGCCAAAGGGAAACAAGAAGAGGAUUUCGUCGAGUGGCGGACAAACCCUUGUCAUUUGAAAGCAGAAGAAUAUUUCGACGAGAACGUUUCGUUAGAUGAUCGUGAUAUUGGGAGACCACGGGAAAGUGCUAACCGCAUCCAAAGGUUCAGAGCAACUCUCUGGCUCUGCGACGACUAUCCGUUAUCCCUCGCCGAACAGGUCAUGCCCAUUGUGGACCUCAUGUCGCUCAACAGUUCCCAUUUCGCGAAGCUGAGGAGUUUCAUAACCCUACAACUGCCGACGGGUUUCCCCGUGAAAAUAGAGAUCCCAUUGUUCCAUGUCCUCAAUGCGCAAGUCACUUUCGGUAAUUUGAAUGGCUGCGAUACGCCAAUACCCGGGGUGGAAACUCGGAGCAUCGAUGAUCGUCUGCAGUGCGUGAUUGACCCUCAGGUCUUCGAAAUUCCCCAAGGAUAUCGACGCAGUGGUGAGUACGGAAACCGCGGUUUCACGAUCGGUGGCGCCCGCGGGGGACGCGGCUCUUUCUACGCAGAAGAAGACGAAGACGAAUUACUCCAAUACGCCAUCGAACAGUCGCUGGUUGACGCGAAUCCGCACGAGGAUAAGGUCACUGUGUGGGAGGCACUGAAUUCAGCCGAGGCGGAUUUCGAAGCAGUUGAGGAAGCCAAUGGGGGGAAAGUAAGAUGCGACGCGAGUGGGAAUUCGGCCAAUAAGCUCAAUGCUGUCAGCAGGAUGAAUCCCCCAGUAGGUCGAUCCAGCUCGUUCCCGCACCCCAAUCAACCUGCGAGUGCACUCAACGGCCGUCAUGUUGGCCCCGGCAGACUGAACGGCGAUGCCGCAUCGGUCAGGUCAAUCGGAGGCGGCGAAAGCGGCAACAGCAGCGGAGACGACGAAGAAUUGAAUCUCGCCAUUAAGUUGAGCAGGGAACUGUGUGAAGAGGAGAAACGAAAACACCAGGAGGAUGAAGAGAUUCUCGCUCGGAUUCUCCAACUGUCGAUCACUGACAAAUAGUUGACGUAUACCGCAUCCGGUUCCAACUGCUCACCACAGCUGCCAAGACCGACAUCGUAUGGGCUCCGAUAGACCUUCGAAGCAUGAAUCGUCUCGUCACCCGAUCGUAGGCCUGGAAUUUCCGUGGGACGUUCGGAGGCUGCUCGGCUGAAAUACCUCAAUGAGGUAGGCCGCUCCUCUGUGAAUUUAAAAUCGGAUUGAGCGGGCUGGGGAUGCGGUCGGCGAACCUCUCACAUCAUCAUCGAGGGUCCGAUGGUGGACAGUAGUUUCGCACAUUUCAGAUAGCACGAAAUGAUAACUCACAAUUGUAAGCGUAGUCAAUACUUCUGCCAAAGCGGGACAUGAAUGCUCAAUCGAAAACUCCCAAAUAGCUUCCUUCAGCUAUGGC